AUGAUGUUUCUAAUCUCUCUGUGUGUGCUUCUGCUGCUGGUUAAUGUUACUUUCAGCAACAUCAGCAGUGAUCCCUGCUACAACUAUGAGUCUCUGGAUCGUCCCUGGAGAGCCACCAAUGAAAGUGGAGAUAACAUUUGUGAUGAACAUUUCUCCUGGAAUGGCUGGUACCGGCUUUUCUACAAUGGAAUGAACAUCCAGAUGUCAGAGACCUGUAUUAGUUCAUACAGCUGUAACACAUACUAUAAUCUGUGGCUCAAUGGUCCUCAUCCUGAGAUAGAGGAUGGAGUGGUGAUCAGAGAGGUCUGUGGAGGGUCUUAUUGGGGUGGCUGCUGUGAUUACAAGACAAAACCCAUCAGAGUGAAAGUGUGUCCAGGCAAUUACUAUGUCUAUGAACUUGUGAAACCACAAAUCUGGUGUUCAGGAUACUGCACAGGUGGUUUCCUCUGUAAGUUCAGAUAAUAUCACUGGAUCCUGCAUCACCUUGAAUUAUGACCCGUGCAAUAACUACACCAUACUCGAGAACUAUUGGAGAAACA